AUGGACUCCACGUUAACGGUUGGAGAGGAUCUCUCUUCAUUUGUAGUCCAAGAUAAAUCCUACUUUAUCUAUCAAGUUGCCACCAAUCAGGUCUUGGAUGCCAAGCAUGACUCUGGUACUCAGGCCUAUCGCAAUCCAAGAGGAGACUCUAACAUUUACCAAAGGUGGAGCUUUAGGUUGGUUAAUGGAACCUCUGACACCUAUGUCAUCAACCAUACUGUCAACAACAAUGUCCUGGACUCGGAUGGUGAGGUCAAGGUGAGGACCGCCACUACAAACAAUCCCUACCAACAAUGGAAGUUACUUCCCAUUGUUGAGGGAAGUAACUUCAACACCAACAAGUACUGGAUCCAACAAGUUGCCACUGGAGAGGUGCUGGACUGUGGAUCUGAUGGUGCCAGGAGAAGACCAUUGCAGGCGGACAACCUCUACCAACAGUGGCAUUUUGUGGAGAGACCAGAUGACUUCUACAACUUCUCCUACAUUCGUCAGGUAUCAUCAAGGUUGUUGGUCACAGGAGACCUUAGUGGCUUGCUCAAAUUGGAUCCACCCAAUAUUGAGGGAUUGCAGAGCUGGAGAUUGGAACCAACUGGAGAUGAUCAGAACUCUUUUUUCAUCUAUCAAAAGAGUAGCUUCCAGGUGCUGGAUCUUGGAACGUUUCCUCCUUUUCUUCGACUGACUCCUCGCAACGAUUUCUCCUCUACUCAGCGAUGGGUUGUCCGUCCAAUUCUUCCAGAUGCUCAGAUCUUCAACAUAAUGAAUGUCUCGAAUGGAAUGUUCCUCACCUCAUCCGAUGAUCAAUAUCAUCUGUUGUCCACUGGGAUACUCAAUGUCGCAUCAACUUCACAGCAAUGGCUCUUCCAAAAAGACAACUUACCAAACUAUUUUCUUCCAUUGGACCAUGCAUGGAAGACAUAUAGUGUUGAGGUUAGGAAAUGGCUGGGAGAUAUCUUGUACCUCCGAUCCUACAAUCCCCUUACCAUUGAGCAGGCUGGAAUGCUCCUUGGUGUUGUCAAUGGAAAGAUUGCAGGUGUCAGAUUGAAGGACAACGUUUGCGAGUAUCUUAGUGACACCAAUCAGACCACACAAUACUCGUGGGUCUUUGCUCCUAACAAUGCUAUUCUUUACAUGAGGAUACCCAAUGAUAACAAGAUGCCUGGAUUUGUUGCUCAUAGCCAACUUGGAGGUGGCAAACCUGUAUAUUGUGCUGGAACAUUCAAGAUUGGAACCAAUUCUCAAUCAUUGGAGUCAGUCCUGUUCAGUCUUGAUGAUCGCUCGGGACAUUACCAGCCUUUGGGUCGAGAGUGUCUUCCUCCAGUUUUGGAUUACCUGAACCUUUUAGGACUAUACCAUGAAGACAUUCAAUUGCUAACAACUCACAAGCUGAACUAA